CCCUAAAGUUCUUGACGAUGAAUCUCAAGCGCAAGGGGCCAGACGAUGGCGAUCCCAGCGCAGCUCUCUACGGGCUGCUCCCCAGCAAGAAGCUGCGACAGGAAUCGGAGGAUUUUUUGCCCGAUUUCUCCCGGAACGGGCCCGUUGCGAUCCCCGAGGUCUGUCCCGUAGAGAUCCCCAGCGAUACACCAGUGGACUCUACACCUAUUUCUUUGAUCGUUACAGAGCCCGAUGCUGAUGACAGAGCUUUAGUCUUGUACAGGCCCAUGGAUCUUCCCGAUCGCUCCAAGCCUCGGCUUAGACAAGUGAAUGGAUCCUUUCCACGCCACUACAGAGAUUUCCAAGUCUCCGAUGCUGUGGAGUGGUUUUCUCCAUCCAAAUCGUUCAAGCACGAUUUCGCAUUGUCGAGUGGAAUGGGUAUGAACAACAGCUUGGCGGUGAUUCCCUACGUCGCGCCUCCAAGUUUCCGGGACGGUGGGCGAGUGAUCAUCGAAGAUAUCACCGACCAAGUUCGCCAGGAGGAGGAAGACCAAGCGAAAGAACAAGCCAUGGCUAUGGAGGAAGAGGCGACGCCCAUGGACGAAGAGAUGGCGGAUGCUACAGUGGACGAAGCUCCUCCCCAGUUCAUCGUCCAGCAGCCGUGCGAGGUUCCAUCGUGGCACCUGUUUGAUCCAAACUUUGCUACUCCAGUUAUGUGGUCUAGCGGAUCCUAAUUGGAAGUGUCACGUAGUUUUCUUUCUUC